AUGUUUAGUUAUAAGCUACUCUAUCCUAACCAUUUCUUUUUAUCGCGCGGAAAUCACGAAAGUGACGUAAUGAAUAAGAUGUACGGCUUCGAAGGGGAAGUAAGAAAGAAGUACACGGCUCAAAUGGCUGAUUUUUUCACUGAGAUCUUCUGUUUGCUUCCUCUGUGCCAUCUUAUCAAUAGGAAAAUUUUCGUAUGCCACGGAGGCUUGUUCAAGGAAGACGGUGUAACUUUGGACGAUAUUCGAAAGACAGAUAGAGUACGUCAACCUCCGGAUGAAGGGAUCAUGUGCGAUUUGCUAUGGUCAGAUCCGCAAGAAUUGCGAGGUCGUGCACCAUCGAAACGUGGGGUAGGAUGUCAGUUUGGGCCAGACAUUACUGAUGCUUGGAUUGCAAAGAAUGGUGUUCAGUACGUCGUGAGAAGCCACGAAGUAAAACCGGAAGGUUAUGAGGUGCACCACAACGGCAAAUGCAUAACGGUGUUUUCCGCUCCGAAUUAUUGUGAUCAGAUGGGAAAUAAGGGAGCAUUCAUUACAAUUACUGGAGAUAAUCUCACCGGUGAGUCGUUUCCGAAAUUCACUUCAUUUGAAGCUGUUCCACAUCCAAUGGUUCCACCGAUGGUUUAUGCAAAUAGCCUCUUCGGGUUUUCUUGA